ACGGAAGUGAGAGGCCACUUCCGGCCCUAGGAAGUAGCUGAGAAGAUGCUGUGGCGGGCUGUGUGGAGAGCGGCGACCAGGGUCGCGGGCCCCUCCCCUCCGCGGCGAGGACUGCGCUUGCGCGGUCUAGACCAGUCACCUCACCCAUCUGGCUUCUCAGAUGUGGUUCCUCCCACGGAGGAGACAGUAUUUCGGCCUCUCUACAUGGAUGUGCAAGCCACUACUCCCAUGGAUCCUCGAGUGUUGGAUGCCAUGCUCCCCUAUCUGAUCAACUACUAUGGGAACCCGCACUCUCGGACUCAUUCAUAUGGCUGGGAAAGUGAGGCUGCUGUGGAGCAUGCACGCCAGCAAGUAGCAUCGUUGAUUGGGUCCGACCCCCGAGAGAUUAUCUUCACUAGUGGAGCCACUGAAUCCAACAAUAUAGCAAUUAAGGGGGUGGCCAGGUUCUACAAGUUACGGAAAAAGCAUGUGAUCACCACACAAACAGAGCACAAAUGUGUGCUGGACUCGUGUCGUUCUCUGGAAGCUGAGGGCUUUAAGGUCACUUAUCUCCCAGUGCAGAAGAAUGGAAUUAUUGAUCUGAAGGAGCUGGAGGCAGCAAUCCAGCCAGACACCAGCCUUGUCUCUGUCAUGACUGUGAACAAUGAAAUCGGAGUGAGGCAACCUAUUGAAGACAUUGGACGAAUUUGCAGUUCCCGAAAAGUAUAUUUCCAUACGGAUGCAGCCCAGGGAGUUGGAAAAAUCCCAAUCAAUGUGAAUGACAUGAAAAUUGAUCUCAUGAGCAUCAGUGGUCAUAAGAUUUAUGGCCCGAAAGGAGUUGGUGCAAUCUUCAUCCGUCGUCGUCCUCGAGUGCGUGUGGAAGCCGUGCAGAGUGGCGGAGGCCAGGAGCGAGGCAUGCGCUCUGGGACAGUGCCCACACCCUUAGUGGUUGGGCUGGGGGCUGCCUGUGAACUGGCACAAGAAGAGAUGGAGAAUGACCAUAAGAGGAUCUCCCUGCUAGCAGAAAGAUUGGUAGAAAAGAUAAUGAGCAACCUCCCUGACGUGGUGAUGAAUGGGGACCCAGUGCAGCACUACCCAGGCUGCAUCAACUUGUCCUUUGCCUAUGUAGAAGGGGAGAGUCUGCUGAUGGCACUCAAGGAUGUGGCUUUGUCUUCAGGCAGCGCCUGUACCUCUGCGUCCCUGGAGCCAUCCUAUGUGCUUAGAGCCAUUGGCACAGAUGAAGACCUGGCCCAUUCCUCUAUCAGAUUUGGCAUUGGUCGUUUCACCACAGAGGAAGAGGUGGACUACACAGCUGAAAAGUGCAUCUAUCAUGUUAAAAGGCUUCGGGAAAUGAGCCCACUGUGGGAAAUGGUACAAGAUGGAAUUGACCUGAAAACCAUCAAGUGGACACAGCACUAGACUGGGCAUCUAUCUGACUGUAUAUUUUCCCUUCUUCUUCCUACCUCACUGGCUUGAGAACCACCAGGCGACUGGGUCUCUUCUGUUACAAAACCACCAUAGCCCAGGUGAAGAUUCUACCUUUUCUGCUAUAUUCACUACAAUCCAGUAGACCUCAAUAUCAAACUGUUUCUAGGACAUAGACAAAAACAGCUCUCUGAUC